AUGGAUCCCAUGACCGUGGUCAAACGUGCUAUGCCCGACUCCAUACCGCUCAAAAUUACCGAGAUCUUGCCAAGACUGAAGGAUGGCGGAGCUUUUGUCAAGUUCACGCAUCCUGCUGACAUGUCCGCAGCUGAGAUCGAGACCAAGAUAUCUGAUCGUCUUGAGAAAACCCCCGUCAGACCCUUCUUCAAUCCGUUCAGUAGUGUACAAGUAGGUCUGGUGGAAGGUGUGCCGUGGCUGGAAGACCUACACAGGUUCCCCUACGGUCGCAUCAGGGUCGAGUUCGUACCCAAGGUUCCAGGAGAAGAUGCCGUUGAACUGUCGCAAGAAGACCUCUACAGCAUGUUCCGUAAAUAUGGAAAGAUCGCCGAAAUCACUUCACAGCCCUUCGACUCCAAGGUGCUCCCCCGGUUUGCCUAUGUUGACUUUGCCUUUGUCCGGGACGCCAUACGAGCAAGGAAUUGUUUGCAUGGCUUCAUUGUUACGCCCGCCCGUGGUGGUGGCAGAAACGGGACCAAGCUGCGCAUGUCAUACGAGCAGCGGUUGAAACCGCAUCAUGUUUGGAAUUAUAUCAAUAACCAUAGCAGGAUCUUCAUCCCCAUCCUUGUGGCUCUGCUGACAGGUCUCACUGUCGUCAUUUUCGACCCGAUAAGAGAGUACUUUGUCAAGGCCCAUGUCACGCAACGGUUUCGCCUCAACAACAGUCGGCUCUACCGAUGGCUCCGCCGGCAGACUUCUGAUAUCUUCACGUUCAGACGCCACAAGGCGGAGCAGGCUGGUCUGAGUGCAGUUUGGACACACCGAAAAGACCUGAUCGAUCAGAUUCGAAAAUGGCUCAUGGAAACCGCGGAAACCUUUAUUGUGGUCCAGGGACCUCGAGGAUCGGGUAAGAAAGAGCUCGUGCUGGACCAAGCCUUGAAAGGCAAGCGGAACGUGUUGGUGCUCGACUGCAGACCCAUCGUCGAGGCUAGGGGCGAAUCUGCGACCAUCAAGAAAAUGGCUGCAAGUGUUGGCUAUAGACCCAUAUUUUCGUGGGCGAACAGCAUGAGCAGCAUGGUCGACCUGGCUGUGCAAAGCACCACCGGCGUCAAAGCUGGCUUUUCCGAAACUCUGGAGUCCCAGCUCCAGAAGAUCCUGCAGACAACGGGCUCUGCGCUGAGUGAAAUCGGUGUUGCCGGCCGGAAGAAGCACGACAUCGAUACGUCCCUUCCUCCGGACGCAUACCUGGGAGCGCAUCCGGAGAAGCGACCGAUUGUCGUCAUCGACAAUUUUUUGUACAAGAAUGAAGGCAACACCAUCGUUUACGACAAGAUUGGCGAAUGGGCCGCGGCUCUUGUUCAGUCCAACGUGGCCCACGUCAUUUUCCUGACAAGUGACACCUCCUACUCGAAGUCAUUGUCCAAGUCGCUUCCGGACCGUGUUUUCCGACAAGUCUCGCUGGGAGAUCUGUCGCCCGAGGUGGCGAAGCGCUAUGUGAUCAGUCAGCUGGAGAGUGAUAAUAACACCAUCCCCCAGGAUGACGACGAUGACGCGGACGAGACGCCUGCGGAGAAGAAGGAGCAAUACAGACGCAAUCAUAACCUUGGCGAAUUAGACAAAGUCAUCGGCACUCUCGGGGGGCGACUGACGGACCUCGAUUUCUUCGCCCGGCGUCUCAAGACAGGACAAAGCCCAAAGCUGGCAGUUGCUGAAAUCACGGAACAAUCAGCCUCGGAGAUUCUCAAGAUGUACCUGCUUUCGGGCAACGGCAAGACUGGUGACGGCGGCAAGCACUGGUCGGUCGAACAGGCAUGGUAUCUCAUCAAAGCGCUCGCUUCUAGAACAAGUCUGCGAUACAAUGAGGUGCUUCUCUCCCACACCUUCGCCUCGUCAACCACGGCAUCGGAUGGCGAGUCUGCGCUCGAGGGCCUUGCCAAUGCCGAGCUGAUCACUGUAAAGACCCACAAUGGUCGUCCACAGAAGAUCAUUCCCGGCAAGCCCGUUUACCAGGCAGCUUUUGCGCAGCUGACGCGGGAUCCGGUACUCUCAGCCAAGAUGGACCUGGCUGUUCUGACAGAACUGACCAAGGUCGAGACGAAGAGCAUCGACAAGGUGGAAACUGAGCUUGCUUUACUGGCAGAAAUGCCCAAGCAGCCCUCGCAGACGACGGGCAGGAUUAACUACCUGCUUUCGAAGCUCGAGGCGAGCCAGGGCAAGAUCGAUGUCUUUGAGAAGGAAAUGACACGGUUGAAGAAGAUCCUUAAUAAUGAGUAUUAG